AUGCUCUGCCCAGUGUCUGUGCAUGCUCUGCCCAGUGUCUGGACACAUGCUCUGCCCAUGGUCUGGACACAUGCUCUGCCAAUCGUCUGGACACAUGCUCUGCCCAGUGAUCUGGACACAUGCUCUACCAGUGUCUGGACUCUGCCCAGUGUGGACACAUGCUCUGAUGUCUGGACUCUGCCCAGUGUCUAUGCUGUCUGUGCUCUGCCCAGUGUCUAUGCUCUGCCCAGUUCGUCUGUGCACGUGCUCUGCAUGAUCUGUAUGCAUGCUCUGCCCAGUCGAUCUGUGGACUGUCUGGACACAUGCUCUGCCCAGUGUCUGGACUGCUCUGCCCAGUGUCUGGACGCAUGCUCUGCCCUGGACGUGUCUGGACACAUGCUCUGCCCAGUGUCUGGACGCAUGCUCUGCCCAGUGUCUGGACACAUCUGCCCAUGUCUGGACACAUGCUCUGCCCAGUGUCUGGACACAUGCUCUGCCCAGUGUCUGGACAUGCUCUGCCCAGUGUCUUGUCUGGGACAUGCUCUGCCCAGUGUCUGGACUCUGCACAUGCUCUGGACCAGUGUCUGGACAGUGUGCUCUGCCCAGUGUCUGGACUCUGCCCAGUGUCUGUAUCGAGUCUUAUGCAUGCUCUGCCCAGUGUCUGGACGCAUCUGCCCAAUGUCUGGACACUCUGCCCAGUGUCUGGACACUGUGCUCUGCUGUAUGUCUGUGCUCUACCCAGUGUCUAUGUAUCUCUGCCCAAUCUGUGCUCUGCCAUGUGUCUAUGCAUGCUCUGCUGUGUCUGGACACAUGCUCUGCCCAGUGUCUGGACUCCUGCCCAGUGUCUGGACUCUGCCCAGUGUCUGGACAUGCUCUGCCAGUGUCUGGACUCUGCCCAGUCUCAUAUGCUCUGCCCAGUGUCUGUGCUCUGCCCAGUGUCUGUAUGCAUGCUCUGCCCAGUGCCAUGCCUCUGCCCAGUGUCUGUGCACAUGCUCUGCCCAGUGUCUGUACAUGCUCUGCCCAGUGUCUGGACACUGCCCAGUGUCCAAUGACUGGACUCUGCCCAGAUGCCUGGACACGUAUCUGCCCAGUGUCAUGCUCUGCCCAGUGUCUGUGCCCACAUGCUCUGCCCAGUGUAUGCAUGCUCUGCCCAGUGUCUAUGCACACUCUGCCCAGUGUCUGGACAUGCUCUGCCCUGAUGAUGGACACUCUGCUCUAUGA